GUGGAGAGCUGCUGCUGCGGCUAUUGUUGUGGAAAAUAGUUUCCGCCCCUUUUAUUUUCAGCUCAGGCUCAAGUCCGCCUAUUCUCCAAUCUUCCAAAAAAGCUAUGAAUCAAGAGCGUAUUGCCGGUGACGGAGCCGAAAGCGGGAAUUCGGCAUCGGCAGUGCCUGACGUUGUGCCUCUGACCGACAGUGGGGAGAGCGGAUCAUACGCCGCGAGCACCACGGCUCAACCCCCGUCGACCGACUCAGACAGCCGAUCCAGAUGGAUUCCGAACAAGAACUACCUUCGCGCGCUCAAGUCCAUGGGUAUAAGUAAACGAGACGCGAUCAAGGCUCUUUACCACACGAAUAAUUCGUCGGCGGACCAGGCAGCCAGCUGGGUUUUCGAGAACGACGUCGCAACGGUGGAAAUGCCACCCGGGCUGAGCGCGUACGACGCUCUCUCUUCGCCGGAUGGUUCUUCAGCUUCGUCUUCUGGAGAUGAGAACGAUGAUUUCUGUGAUGAACUGCACAAAAUGGUUUUCGUUGUGAACUCGGAGUUGGGAAUGGGCAUCGGGAAAGUUGGUGCGCAAGUGGGCCAUGCCUCCAUCGGUCUGUUCCGCAUUCUUAUGAGUGACGAGUUCAAAUAUGGGAGGAUGCUCUGUGCUUGGGAAGAUUCAGGAGAGACGAAAAUCUGUUUGAAAGGCAAGAACGCCGCCGAGCUGCUGGAGCUCGAGAAGAACGCCCAACAGUUGGAACUACCGUGCUACUUGGUCGAGGAUGCUGGACGCACUCAAAUCCCAGCCGGAUCGCUCACUGUGCUAUCCAUCAUCGGAAAAGUGGAAGAUGUCAACAAGAUAACCGGAGAUCUCAAGCUGCUCUGAGAGGCGUCGGAGGAAGAUCUCGGAUUAAGUUUUCCUGUCAGGCGUCAAACGGAUUUCCUCCUCGCCGAAUUCGCGGACAAUCUUCAAUCUUCUAACUUAGAGUGGAAAACCCCCGCUGUAUAUAUCGGAUAGUGACAUGGCCGUGUCUGUUCGCGGGGGCCAAGAGAUUGAUCAUACCGUCAUUCAUUCAUUCAUUGUCCGGCAUCGAUCCGAUCCCUGAUCGACCGGGAUCCGCAACUCGAUCUCUUCUGUUCAUAGAUCUAUCACGACGUAGGUAGCUCGAAAUGCUAUCUAUCCCUGUACAAUAGCCUCUAUAUUUCGUACGCUCGUUCGCAUGUUUGGGGCUGCAACUCGUGUAGGAGUGUUAUCGAUUAUCACGAGAUAGGCUGGUAGCACGUUGUACAUAUGAACCUCUCCCAACCGUCUAGGAGCAUCCGAUCUCGGAAGGAAGUUCCGAAUAGACGGAUAAGACUCCUGUCCAGCGUCUGAGAAGGGGUCCUGAGGUGCUCGGUAGAGUUUCCGGGAUGUUUUCAAAUCCGAAAUACCCGUGUUGAUCAAUAAAUGAGUCACGUCA